UGAGUUUAAUUAUUAUUAUUUUUAUCUCCAGUUUCUGCAAUGAGCAGAAACAAAACAAAAGCUUUUAGUUCUCCUUCUGUAUGUUAAUUUUUCGUGUUCACUGGAAUCUCUGCGCCGAAAUCUAUUGAUAAAGCGGUAAUGUGGUUGAAUAGCACGUCAAACUGAGUUAUGAAUCUGGAGAGGAUUGGGACCUGAAUACUUAUCGAGGAGCUCUACCCGUACUGGAAGUAUUUUCACUGCUCUUGGGUUGGGCAACUUGGGUGGUGAGCUACCAUGGCAUCCCCGGCUGACGUUCCGCAUAUCCUGCAAGCCUUCAAGAAUUCGUUGAAGGUUUUUCAGGAUGUUCGUCCUAGAAAUACAUCAGCUAGGAUUCCUCCAAGGGAGAAUUAUGAGACGGUACUGGAAAAUUACUGUGCUACCAAAAGCCUGCGAUGGAACCGAGAAGUCAGCGAAAAUUGCACGCGGAUCGUUUAUCAUGUGCAUGGAGACUACUUCCGAGUGGACGUUCAUAUUCUUCAUGGCAUUAUCGGCGACGUGUGGGUGUUCCAUCAGUUCGGCGGCGGCCAUUUAGAACCCUGUCCACAUAUUGCCAGGGCGCUGAGGUCGAAAAGUUUGUCGGAAUUGGAUAAGCAUAUGACUGGAUUUUUGAGGAUGUAUGGUUCAGUUCAGGAUAAGUCACAGCGGUCGAAAUUCUUCAGUUGUUUAUCGAAGCUGGAAACGGAUUUGACAAGUGCUUAUCAGCAGUUUGUAAAGUUGAAUUUGGACUGUUUGCCUCAGAUACUUAAGGGGCAGUGGGGCCUUCUUUCACCACGAAGAGACGGAAUACCUAUGAGUUUGUGCUUUUUUAUCACGUCAUCGGAUUUUUUGGACCAUAACAAUAAAAUGCUCGAGUCAUCGUUUUGUGUGAUUUCCGGAAGGCGCAUUGGACUGUGGGCAUCUAUCAAUAUUAAGGAAUCACCCUCUGUGCAUGUUUUACCGAAUUGUCUGUUGGCGCGACAGUUUCUACAGUCAGCCGAUGGAGUCUUGCUUUUUGAUUACACAAAUGAAAGUGGUCGAGAAACCACGGCAAAGAUAAAUGCGCAUUUCACACUGGAAUUGGACAAGCCAAUGUAUAUAUGCAGAAGUAUUAAGGAAGAGCUUGCGCAAGAAACAGGGCUGGAGGUUCCCGUUAAAAGUGACAGUCGGCCUGCCUUGCUGUUGGAAGUAUUGGAAAAAGCUAUUCUCCGUGACAACUUCAGCGAAUCUCACAGUUAUUAUGCUAUUGUUGCCGAUCAUCAUCACAAAUAUGUCCUGUCUUCGGCGGAUGUUCUGGCAGAAGCUGUUCAAGAAAUUCCUUUUACGCACCCGACGCAAGUGGAAGGAUGCAUACGUCUUCUUCGUCGGCAGGCAGCGCUUAAUAAACUGAUCUCUACUUGUAUACGCCAUGCAAAUCAAAAAGGCAUUGUGGCUCCGUUUGAAUUUCACAUGCUUAUCCUUUCGGAUAGCGGAAUUCAGGUUCGUUUCCUUCAUCCGAUAGACAACACUUCUGUCUGCCAAGUCUUCAUCAGUUUGGUGGACCCAACAUCUCCGACAUGCUCUUUCAGCGAUAUUGCUAUGGCCUUGUGUCCAAAUAUUUUGAUGUCUUCGUGGUUGAAACGAAGUUUUUCGAUUCCCGUGAUGUUUCGUGCUAUGAUGGAGCAUUUCGUUAGAAACUAUGUCCCGGUCGUGCCUCGUCUUUUAGACGAGAGUGUCGUUGAAAUGGCCGCUGAGCAUGCGUCGUCACUGGAAAAUUCUCCAGUUGCCCCGGUGGAAUCAUUGCCGGUUGUCACCACUCCACCGGUGAUACCGGAAGUGGAAUUUUUCCCAGAAAAAACUGUAAGCCCGCUUCUUCCGACGUUGACACCGCCGUCGCCCAAUCCACCUUUGUCCAUGAAAUUGCCGAAGCCUCGUUCGACAUUUGAUCAGCUAUUAUCAUCGGGGCCUAAGCACCGGGCUAAGGAUUUGCCGAUGGAUGCGGACAUUCAUUCUAUGAAGAUGAAGCAGUUGUAUGAAAAAAAUAAAAAAUCGCGAGCGAAUCGACAAUACGACGAUGACCUGCUAAUGGAGCCAGCACCCCCUACUAAGAAAAAGCGUAAACUGUCGUUAGAGUCGCCCCUGUAUAACUCGCCAUUCGUUUUCUCCAGUGGGAAAGGCGAUUCCAUGGAGACUACAGAGGUCAUUCGCCAGGAGCCGGGUGUCAUAAAGAUUCGAAAUGUCUCCGAAGAUUCGCCUCAUGGUUCUCCCACGAUAACGAUUAAAUUACCAGUUAAUAAGCCGUCGCAUUCAUCGGACGCUCCUAUUUUGCAAUCAUUAAUACUAAGUAAGGAUCGAGAAUCCAAGAAGGAGAAAAAGCGGUCUAAACUUGCCGAACCGUCGCCGCCGGAAGUACGCUAUGCCGAACCAAAAAAGACCAAAAAGGAUACGGAAUUGGAAACUCUUUUAAAGAAAGGUGGAGGUUUCACGACGUCCCCGCCGAAAACCACGGCAAAAUACCAUGUUCCGAGCUCCGUGGCUGCCAAGUACACGGCUCCGACUAUACCGGUGACUUCCUCUUUUUCUGCUAAGAUUUCCUCACCAACUGUGUUUUCACUUGUACAACAGAAAUCCGGCGUACCGUUUGGGGCGCCCGGUAGUUUUCCAAAAGCUCCCAAUUCAGCAGCGUCACCGGCUGGCACCAAGUCCUCAUUAGCUGCUCCGGUAUCGUUCGGCGUUCCCAAAUCUCCAGCGCCACCAAAAUCACCAGCGCCGGCGGCUGCUAAAUCUCCUCUUUCCGCGUCUCCAAAGCAACCCUCAUACUACAGCGAACCGCCAUCCAAAAAGUCGGGCAUGGCCGGCGCUCCUAAAUCCAGAGAGAAAAAUUCACCGGGUAAAUCUUCCAAAUCACCAUUGCCACCUCCUGUUCCAGCCGCUGCUCCGCUGUUUAGCAUUCCGAAAACACCCUCCCUCAGUACGUUGCCGCGUAUUCCUAAGAAAACUGCUGCUGCUGUUGCGCCACCAGUGAAAGCAGACUCUCUUCCGGUAUCCACAAUGACCAUGAUGCCGCCUCCUGUCGUCACCACCAGCGGCGGCGAAGGAAGUACGAUUGCUGCUCUGCUGUUAAAUCAGCCCGCUCCUACGCCACGACCGCCUCUUCUUCCGACUCCUGAUAUGGAGCCCUUGCCCAUAGUGGAGGAAAGGGAGGAAAGCAAAUUGAUUGGCCCUUCCCUGAUGCACCGGUUCAUGCCUCCACCGUCAUAUUUCCCGUUUGGCAUUCCGCCACCGAAAUUGCCGGAAAAGGAAAGACCGCUAAGUGUUAUCGUUAUGGAGGAACCGGCUCCUGAUGAGGCCGACAAGCGAGCUAAUAUUUUGGGUGAGAAUCCAGCGAUUGCAACCCAAGCUGGAAAGGUGCGGACUAAAUCACUCUCGGCAGUUCUGGAUAAAUUAAAGAGUAGAGUGGAAUCCUCUGAUGGGACUCAUGAUGCGAGUUUGCCAGAUGCCAGUUUAUCGUCACCUUCGGUAUUUGCCAGUCAACCUGAUGGGACGAGAGACAGAGAUGCUGGAAUCUCGGAACCGCUUAAUCCAGGUCCACUGACAGCGGCGACAAAGCCGUUGGAUAUUAGUGCUUCUAUAAUUUAUGAUUCCAUGACAGUUGAAGAUGCCACAAAGAAACUGGAAAGUGUCAUGCGCCAACAAGUGCAUACCACGGAAAUUGCUGCACUCGAUAAAACGAAGAGGCUGCUAGUGCCGUACUCCAGCGGAGAUUCAUCCAGCGACAGUGAGGAAGAUAAAAUUCCUUCCGGCAGUAACGCUUCGACAUCGCGGCGAGCGGAUAUUCCUCUGGAUGGGAGCCCGGAAAUCUUGGAACGUCCCCAUGUGCCAGCGCCAUUAACGCUGUCGAAACUGGACACAGCGCAUAUGGACGUUCCAACGGAGCCGAGCAUCCAGUCGAUUUUGGCUCGCAGUCCAGGUGAAGAGCGGACAAGUCCCUUGAUUCUGGACGAUGUCAUGUUGGAUGCUGCGUUUUUCUCUACCGAGGACAGAGACUAAAUUGCUUGGGUAACUUAAGGACUGCAGUUUACCGGUACUUUUAAUUUAUUUUGUGGACUGCUAAAACAACUCUGUUUUGUUUUUAAUUUGAAUGUUUUAUUAUUUGUAAAUCAUUGCCUGUUUGGUUACCUAACGUAAGUGUGAGUUAUUUUUCUCAUUGUAUGUUUUGAGUAUCUUAUUGUUUGAUCAUGUUUCAUCGACAAUAUUUACGUCGCAUUAAAAAUGUUUCCACCUUUGUAUUGAGUUUUGGUGAUCACUUCAAGUGACAAAAUUAAUGUGUGACCACCCACUGACUAGUUGUAUUG